AUGUGUGGACUUCGCAACCACGAGUUAAUGGCUACUUUUGAGAAUAAUGCAUUUGUGGGACGCUUAAAAGAAGAAGAUAAGAAGCAUGUUAACGAGUUGACAAAGUAUCACAUUGUACCGAGACUCUUCUUAUCAUCUUUGAGAGAUCGGGAUAAAGAGAAUGUGACUAAUAUCUCUCAAAUUUAUAUGCGACGAAACACAUACAGGAAGGAUUUGAAAGGACCUAAAACUGAUAUGCAAUAUAUGUUGAAGUUACUUGAAGCUAAGAAGUAUUCUUGUUGGAGUAGGACUCGUGAGGACUCCAACGUUAUGAGGGACAUGUUUGUUGAACAUAUUCCCUUUUGUGUUGAUUAUGGAUAUCACCUACAAAACCAACAAGUAUAG